CUGCCGAGGAAGAAAACUGUUUUACUGAAAACCGAGACGAGGAGCGGGGCAGAGGGUAGAAACUCACCGGCAACCAGGCUGAGCUUCCAUUUUAAAGCCUCUCAGGCAAAAAGAAGAAAACAAAGCCAACAUUUAGAGUCUAGCUACUGAGCCAGCAGAUUUUACUCGUAGCCGGUGUACAAGACAAGAAGCGCAGAUGGACACCAGAACCAACAAUGAAGAAAAAUCUGUCCAGCGAUCUAAGUCUUUCAGCUUUCAGACCCAAAAGGAAGUGUGUGCAUCAUGUGAGAAGACAGUCUACCCAAUGGAAAGAUUGGUUGCCAACAACCUGGUUUUUCAUUCAGCAUGCUUCUGCUGCAAGCACUGCAAAGCCAAACUAAGCCUUGGCACCUUUGCAGCUCUUCAAGGUGAGUUUUACUGCAAGCCCCACUUCCAGCAGCUUUUCAAAAGCAAAGGCAACUACGAUGAGGGUUUCGGACGCAAGCAGCACAAAGAGCUCUGGGCCUCCAAGGAGUCAGAAAAUAUAACAAAGUCGCCAUGAUCAUGUCUGCCUUUUUUGUCCUUUUGAACACCUCAAGCAUGUUGCAAUGAACACAUGCCUCAUAUGCUGGGGUCCAGUUAAUUUGACCACGCGCUCACACGCUUUUUAAAAUGCCAUCUGAACAGAUUCGUGCACAAACAGCUUAGAAAUGACACAUAGCAUCAACAUGUUUGGAGAUACAGUACGCUUUAUCAAUAACCUUUAUUUUCCUGUUUCCUCUUUGGAAUUGGUAGUUGAUUGUGACCAAAUUUUUUCCCUGAUACGGAGAGCACAUCAAAAUGUACUUAAGAUUUUCUUUUUAUUCUCAUAAAAAUAAUCAUUUGCACCAUUUCUAAUAUUUUGGUACAUCCUCAGGCAUUUCUGAAAACUUUCAGAGCAUCAUUGUUUUAAAUAGAGCAUGCACUCAGGUCAGUUUUACCCAACGAUUAAGGAAAUAUGUAGAUUUCACCCAUUAUAGCAAGAUGUUGGCCGUUCACAUUGGUACGCUGUUAGACAGGUUUUACUGCUUCAUGUAUUCAGGAACAAACAGGGUACAAAGUACUGUAUAAUCAUGCACAGUGGCAACAGCUCACCUCAUGUUUUAAUUUCUGUAGUUACUUUUAUUAAACUUCAAUUCACCCCCUUUUUUAUUUUUAAAUUACCAUUCUCAGUCUUAUCCUUGCAUGUUAGUAUGACUGGGUAUUAAUAGCCUUACCUUUUGACUGUAAUUAUGUCUUGUGUUGUGAAUGAUUUUGUAUUAUCAAUGCAUAGUUCCCAGUUCCUGAAGAUGGAAAUAUGAGAUCCUCUGUGCUUUUAUUGUUGGAAUUUUAAACGAUUUCUGAACUUGUGUUUUGUAUGUUAUCUGUACAUAGAGCCGUGGUUCGUGAUUGUUGACCGUACCCCACCUUCCUGUACUCUCACUUUGCACAAGCAAACACGAUUACCCAACAUGAUGUUGAAGAUCACAAGGAAAUCAAGGCCUUGUCUGUUAUAUAUGAAAAUAGACAAGAAAAUGUUGCUCCUCUGUUGUUUGAGGCAUGUUAGUCAUUAAUAGUCUUGUGAAGAUUGUGAUUGUUAAUCCUAAAUUCUUAAAGAAUUAAUCUACUAAAUGUUUUGAUUCAUAAAGAUGUGGAUGAAGCCUUUUGGGUAAGAGAUGAAGCAUCUUCAAGAAGCAAGGGAAAAAGUCCAGUUAUCUUUUAUUCAAGUACUUAGGAUUAUGUGGCAUUCAUACGACUAGGUAGUUUGUAAAGACAUGGCGGUAUCCUGUUUUAUUACUGUCUACUUCGUAUCCCUCCUUUCCAUCCAAAAAAGGUGGACAAGAUUCACUUUUUUUUAUUAUUGCCUUUCUCUUAAUAUUUUCCGUCUCAUUAUUAACAAGCAGUUUAGCAAGUGGACCUAUUCUUAAAAUGCUAGUUUUACAACCUGUGGAUGGAGAGGUUGUGAUUCUCUUGAUGUAGGCCUGGUUAUUUCCCCAUUGCAGAGCUCCCUCUGCUGGGGAAAGUUUGUCAGUGACGUCUAGCUUGACAGAGAGAUCCCUGAGAAUAAUUUGCCUAUGAACCUAACAUAGCCUUUUUGAAUAUGUUGCCUGAGUCUGCAGUGCAGCGGUUGCACACCAGCUGCUUUUCAAUUCUGUUUAAUUGAAACUAGUUAAUAAAGCUUUCCAUGUUUAUAUUCCACUGAACAUGUUCUAAAGCAUCUUAAAUAUCUAAUUUCCUAAAAUGUGUGAAUAUUGCUGACACUUGAAUGACACAAAGUACAUUUUGUGAAUGAAAGUUUACUGUGAAACUGAGCAUGCUGUGCAGAAAAGAAAGUUAAAUCUAACCAGAUACUUUUUUAAGAAAAAGAGAGAUAAGCCUUUGCAAUACGUAGUUGCCCUUAUUGUGUUUUUAACAAAAUCCCCAAAAGAGGUUCAUGCUUUUUUAUUUUUCUCUUUAGAGUCUCACUCUGUAACAAGAUCAGUUCACCCAACCAGCAGCCAUUUUCCUCCCCGUCAUCAUUUACGUCCACAUAUUCAAUAAUUAAAUGUGUAAAAGCAUUUUUGUUUUCUCUGAUGUUUUUAACAUUGUCUUCUUGUUCACAGCAAAUGCUUUAAAAUCAAGUGACUUGUAUUUAGAAAUGCUGGUUUUGUCAUUCUCUGCAGUUUGCCAAGGUACAACAGCAAAAUCUGUGAACUGCGUACUUUUAAGUUUAAUAAAGCAGAAAAGGUACACUUUACACUGGUGCCAAGAGGCUCAGGGGAAUGAUUGCAGUGUGACAUUAUAAUGUUAAAUCUGUGAGUCUGUUCCUUUUUGUGCUGGACAUAAAUGUUGACUAUUUUCUACUGCUGUUGUCACCGAGACGUUAAAAAUGUAUGCAUCAUGAAGGUGUAUUCUGUUUUCCAAACUUGACCUGUGAGUUGAGAUGGCCUUGCAGCAAAGAAGAUGCUUAGACUGUUUAGUCUCCCCCUAUUUUCCCUUAAUACCUAUGGGUUAUUUGGGCUAUGAAAAAUUUUCAAAUGAGAGCAUCCCUUCUUUUCUCCACCAUUAUACACAAUCGGUUUUGUGCAUAUUAUCUUUAUUUUUUUUUUUUUUACAUGCCUUUGGAAAAAAAAAAUAAAAUGCUUGUGUUGAUUUAAUACA